AUGAGUCGCUUCGGAAGACCGCCUCUGCACGCCGGCAUCAACAGCGGCUACUGCGGCUGCCUCGUCGUCAUCAAGAACGAGCCCAAGUACCUGCCCCUCACACACGUCAGCGCCCACGCCACGCUGCUCGCCUCCACGUCGCGCACCACCCUCACCCAGACCUUCAAGAACCCAACCGCGCACAAUCUCACCGAGUCGCGCUACGUCUUCCCGCUCUUUGAUGGCGUCUCCAUCGUCGCCUUUACCUGCACCGUCGGGAGCACCGUUAUCCGCGGCGUCGUCAAGUCCAGGCCCGACGCCACCAAGGCCUUUGUCGCCGCCGUCGCCCGCGGCGAGCAGGCCGGCCUGCUCGAGCAGUCCGGCCGCGCCUCCGACGUCUUCACCACCACGCUCGGCAAUGUCGGCCCCGGCCAGGAGGCCAAGGUCGAGAUUGUCUUUCUCGGCGAGCUCAAGCACGACGCCGAGGUCGACGGGCUUCGGUACACGCUGCCCACCCACAUUGCGCCGCGCUACGCCGAGGACCUGCUCGUGCCGCUCCCCGCGCACCGGUCCAACGUGCUGACCGCCGCGGCGUCCUUGACCGUCACCGUCGACGUCGACCUGGCGACCGGCGCCACCAUCCGGAGCGUGCAGUCCCCGUCGCACCCCAUCGCCGUCCGCAUCGGCACCACCUCGACACACCCCGACGUCGAGCCCUCGCUGCAGCACGCCUCGGCCAGCCUCACGCGCGCCGACGUCGCGCUCGACAGGGACUUUGUCGUGCACGUCUGCGCCAAGGGGCUCGGGGACCCGUCCGCCGUCCUCGAGACGCACGCCACGCUCCCGGAGCGCCGCGCGCUCAUGGCCACGCUCGUGCCGCGCUUCCCGCUCGCCGUCGAGACGCCCGAGGUCGUCUUCAUCUGCGACCGCAGCGGCAGCAUGGACACGGGCACGCGCCUGCCCAACCUCGUCGCCGCGCUGCACAUCUUCCUCAAGUCGCUGCCCGUCGGCGUGCUCUUCAACGUGUGCAGCUUCGGCUCCUCGCACUCGUUCCUCUGGCCCAAGUCCCAGCCGUACAACCAGGCCACGCUCGACGCCGCCGCCGCGCACGUCGCCGCCUUUGCGGCCAACUUUGGCGGAACCCGCAUCCGCGAGCCCAUAAAGGCCACCUUUGCCCAGCGCGACCCCGCGCGCAACCUCGAGGUCUUUCUCAUGACCGACGGCGAGACCUGGGACGAGGAUGCCACGUUUGCGGCUGUGAACCGCGCUGUCGACGAGGCAAAAGGCGCCAUCCGGCUGUUUGCGCUCGGCAUCGGCGCCGAUGCCAGCCACUCGCUGAUCGAGGGCGUGGCGCGUGCGGGGCGCGGCUUUGCGCAGUCGGUCGGCGAGGACGAAAAUAUGACUAAGAAGGUGGUGCGCAUGCUCAAGGGCGCGCUGACGCCGCAUGUGAAUGACUACAGCCUGGAGAUCAAGUACGAAAAGGGCGACGACGACGAGUUUGAGCUGGUGGAAAAGGUCAGCGCGUGCGCCGUCGUGGACAGCGGCGAGCAGCCCGCCGCCGCCAAGAAGCCAGCGGCGCCCAUCUCCCUCCACGACGCAUCUGUCAAAGACCAAGACCUGGAGAUGCCCGACGUCCAGGCGCUCCCGCUGCCCACUUUGCCCACGCCUGCGUAUCUGCAAGCGCCAUACACCAUCCCGCCGCUGUUCCCGUUCAGCCGCACCACCGUCUACGUGCUGCUCUCCGCCGCGCACGCGCACCGGACGCCCGCCUCCGUCAUCCUGCGCGGCACCGCGCCGCAGGGGCCCCUCGUGCUCGAAAUCCCCAUCACCGCCCUCUCCGGCAAGGGCACCACGGUGCACCAGCUCGCCGCGCGCAAGGCCGUGCAGGAUCUCGAAGAGGGCCGCGGCUGGAUCUACGACGCCACGCUGCCCAACGGCACGCCCCUCCGGGAAGCGUACGCCAUGCGCAUCAAGGACGUGGCGCGCGACGCCGCCGUCCAGCUCGGCGUCGAGUAUCAGGUUGCAGGCAAGUGGUGCUCGUUUGUCGCCGUCAAAAAGGUCGGUGAUGAGGCGGAUGAGGACCUCGACGUGGUGCUGGUGGACGCGAGCGACGCCGACGACGCGACGGUCACGCGACGCGCCUCCGGUCGCGCGCGCGGGCCAAUGUGCCGCAAGAUGGCAGCGGCGCCGGCGCCGCCUGCACCUGCGGUGACGGCGGCUAGUUUCGGCGGUGCUAGCUCGUUUGCGUUUGGCGCUGCGUCGACCAGCGCGUCGUUCGGCCUCGGCAGCCCGCAGAGCGCGUGUCUUAUGUCGGCGCCUGCUUUCGGUAGCGCCGGUGCUGGAUCCUCGUCUGCGUUUGGGGCGUCCUCUUCUGGUGGCCUGUUUGGCAGCGCGCAGCCUGCUAAUUCGGCCGGGCUUUCCGACGAUGCGUCGGAGUGCCUGCCAUCGUCGCCCGGCGGCCCGUCGUUAUUCGCAUCGCCCGUGACCAAAGCCGCGGUAUCAGUCAACCUAUUCGGCCGCCCUGCACCCGCACCGAGCAGCCAGCCGGCGUUUGGUCAGCAGCAGCCCAGCUCCCCCAAGCAGACGCCGCUCGAAGCCGUCAUCGCGCUGCAGACGUUUAGCGGCAGCUGGACGUGGUCGGGGGAACUGACGCGGCUGCUCGGCGUGACGGAAGCGGCGGCCGUGCAUCUCGGCGUGGUGGCGGAGGCGACGGCGACGCUGUGCGCGGUCGCGUACUUGCAAAAGACGCUGCCAGACGAGGAGGAGGUGUGGGAGCUCGUGGUGGACAAGGCGCGCGGGUGGCUGACGGCGACGCUGGGCGUGGCCGAGGAGGAGGUCAGGGUGCUGGAGGGCAAGGCGCGCGAACUGGUUUGA